AGGAGGUUUAGGUUUUGUACGUAAUCCAGUCUGUAUGUGUUGGAGACUAUAACCAAUACUGCUAAGCCCAUAGUGGCUUUGUAUGCUGUGAAUACUAGAAGAAUAAUUGGAAUGAUGUUGGCUAAGGCAAAGUGUAAAUUUAGAAUCAUAAGUGAGCCUGUGAUGAAUAUUGAUAAUAUUAUACCUUCAAGACAUAGCAGAGAAGAUAGAAGGUGUGAUUGGUAGAUCAGAUGUGACAAAGGCUAGAAGCAUGUUCAUGUAGAUGGAGGGCAUGUUGGCGAUUAUAAGUUCAUAAUUUAAAGAGUCAAAAUCAUUUGUUUUAUUUUAAACAAACCACCAUAUUCGACUCAUUUUAGUCCUUUUUUGAUUCAUUCAUAGGCAAGUCCUAGAGCUAAAAUAGAAAUUAAGAUAAGAGCCAUAAUUAGAUGAGUUUAAGACUAUCUGUUUGGAAGGCUCAGGGGAGGGCAAUUUCUAGAUCCAAAAAGUAGGAGGGCAAAUUGAAAUUGAAAUUUCUAGAUCAAAUAAGAGAACUAUAAUAGCCACCAGGAAAAAUUGUAUUAAAGAAGGUAGGGCAUGGCAGCAAAGGGACGCCGGCCUCACGCAAUUGGUCUGUCCUUUUAAUAGAAGAAAAUGGAAACCGAACAGCCAGAGGAAACCUUCCCCAGCACUGAGACUAAUGGUGAAUUUGGUAAAUGCCCUGCAGAAGACAUGAAAGAGGAACAAGCAUUUAAUAUAUCUAGAAACACUGAUGAGAUGGUUGAAUUGCGCAUUCUGCUUCAGAGCAAGAAUGCUGGAGUAGUGAUUGGAAAAGGAGGCAAGAAUAUUAAUGCUGUCCGAACAGACUACAAUGCCAGUGUUUCAGUCUCAGACAGCGGUGGCCCUGAGUGCAUAUUGAGUAUCAGUGCUGAUACUGAAACAAUUGGAGAAAUUCUGAAGAAAAUCAUCCCUACCUUGGAAGAGGGCCUGCAGCUGCCAUCACCCACUGCAACCAGCCAGCUCCCGCUCGAAUCUGAUGCUGUGGGAUGCUCAAAUUACCAACACUAUAAAGGAAGUGACUUUGACUGCGAGUUGAGACUGCUGAUUCAUCAGAGUCUGGCAGGAGGAAUUAUUGGGGUCAAAGGUGCUAAAAUUCAAGAACUUCGAGAGAACACUCAGACAACAAUCAAGCUUUUCCAGGAGUGCUGUCCUCAUUCCACUGACAGAGUUGUUCUUAUUGGAGGAAAGCAUGAUAGGGUUGUAGAGUGCAUAAAGAUCAUCCUUGAUCUUAUAUCUGAGUCUCCCAUCAAAGGAUGUGCACAACCUUAUGAUCCCAAUUUUUAUGAUGAAACCUAUGACUAUGGUGGUUUUACAAUGAUAUUCGAUGACCGCCGUGGACGUCCAGUGGGAUUUCCGAUGCGGGGAAGAGGUGGUUUUGACAGAAUGCCUCCUGGUGGGGGUGGGUGUCUUAUGCCUCCUUCUAGAAGAGAUUAUGAUGAUAUGAGCCCUCGUUGAGGACCACCGCCACCUCCUCCUGGACGAGGAGGAGAUCUAAUGGCCUAUGACAGAAGAGGAAGACCGGGAGACUGUUACGAUGGCAUGGUUGGUUUCAGUGCUAACGAAACUUGGGACUCUGCAAUAGAUAUAUGGAGCCCGUCAGAAUGGCAGAUGGCUUAUGAACCACAGGGUGCCUCUGGAUAUGAUUAUUCCUAUGCAGGGGGUCGUGGCUCUUAUGGUGAUCUUGGUGGACCUAUUAUUACUACUAAAGUAACUAUUCCCAAAGAUUUGGCUGGAUCUAUUAUUGGCAAAGGUGGUCAGCGGAUUAAACAAAUCCGUCAUGAGUCGGGAGCUUCGAUCAAAAUUGAUGAGCCUUUCGAAGGAUCCGAAGAUCAGAUCAUUACAAUUACCGGAACACAGGACCAGAUACAGAAUGCACAGUAUUUGCUGCAGAACAGUGUGAAUUUUUUCUAAGACUAGUGAAGAACUGAAGGAGUCCUGCAUCUUUUUUUUAAUCUGUUUCUGUUUAAAAAGCCAACAUUCCUCUGCUUCAUAGGUGUUCUGCAUUUGAGGUGUAGUGAAAUCUUUGCUGUUCACCAGAUGUAAUGUUUUAGUUCUUUACAAACAGGGUUGGGGGAGGGGAAGGGUGUGUAAAAACUAACACUGAAAUUUUGAAACAGCAGCAGAGUGGAUUUUAUUCUUGUUCAUUGUUGGUGGUUUAAAAAAAUUCCUCCCAUGCAAUUAUUGUGAACACCUUGCUUUGUGGUCACUGCAACAUUUGGGGGGUGGGACAGGGAAGAAAAAUAACAAUAGUCCACAUGCCCCUGGCAUCUGUUCAGAGCAGUGUGCAGAAUGUAAUGCUCUUUUGUAAGAAACGUUUUAUGAUUUUUAAAAUAAAUUUAGUGAACCUA